AUGAGCGCGGCCGGCCCCGGCCCCGGCCCCGGCCCCGGCCCCGUCGGGCGGGACGACGGAGCCGCCGCCUGCGCGCUGGCGGCCGAGGGCUGGCCCCGGCCCCCGGCCCGGCCGCGGCCGCGGUGCCGGGGCGGCGAGGCGGUGCUGCGCGCCCGCGCCGAGGCGGCCGGGUACCGGCGGCUGCUGCGCGCCCGCGCCGCCGAGGUGGAGGCGCUGCGCGGGGCCGUGGGCGCGCUGCACCGGCAGCUGGAGGGACUGCGCGACCGGCGGAGCGGCGAGCUCGCCAAGUACCAGGAGCGGGUGGCAGAGCUGGAGCGGGAGAUCAGUGAGGCCGAGCAGGAGAUGGCCCGGUGCCUUCGGGAAUACCCAGCGCUGCUGCGGCUCCGCAUGGCCCUGGAUGUGGAGAUCGCCGCGUACCGGGAGAUGCUGGAGGGAGAAGAGCUGCGCUUGGGCUCUGCAGCCCCAUCAUGACAGGAUCCCAGGACCACCCAGAUCUCCAUGCUGUGGGAUCUUGGACAUCUGGGUCCCCCUGGACCCCCACACCCAGGGAGCCCUGGACGUCUGUGCUGCAGGAUCCCCAGAGCCCUGGGAUUCCCACGUCUUGGGACCCCCAGGCUCUCAAGCUGUAGGACCACUGGCCCCUCUGGACAUCUAGACUCCAGGACCACUCAGACCCUGUCCAGGGAGGCCCUGGCACCCCAGGAGGGCAGUGCCCGCUGGGCUGCACACUCUCACCAGCCUCUCCGGAGCAGCAGCAGGGCUGGGGUCCCGGCCCUGGCCCAUGUGGAAGCACCUCAAUAAA